AUCUCCCAGUUGGCCACACUAAUUUAGCGUUAUUUACAAAAUAUUCAUUCCUUGUCGUUAAUCUAUUGUUUAUGCCGACUAUGUCGCGUAGUAAGAUAUGGAAGUUCUACGACAAGCUGGAUCGGAAUUCCGCCCAGUGCCAGCUCUGCGAGAAGGUCAUCAAGACAUGCGGCAACACGUCCAACCUGAUGAAGCACAUGAAGACCCAUCCGCAAAUAGACCUUUUCGACGAUGAUACGGUGGUGGAGCGGGGCAUUUACAAGCGGCGGGAGCAGGAUGACAAGCUGAGGUUUCGAAAGGUGCUGCCCAUCAAGGAAGAGAGCUCUGAUUUUCACUGCGAGCUGUUGUUCAAGGCGGCCAAGGAUGCAGGCAGCAUUAUCGAGCAGGAUGAUCAGGGAAUGACCAAGGCGGCUGCAGAGGAUCACAUCUCCAUGCAGAGCGUCGGAUACGCGUGGGUCACACCGGAAGCCACAGAUUCCCGAACAGAGACGGUUGGUGGCGAGGAUAUCAUCGAAUUCGAGCCCAAGGAGGAGCUCGAAGAGCCAGAGAAAAACCCACUUCAUCAAAUUCAGGCUGUACAAUUCGCCGGUCUUGACAACUUAAAAAUGGGAGAACCUUUGUCAAGCCGGAGUUCGUUUCACCAAGACGUGGCCUUCUUCGUCUGCCGUGACCGCCAGCCAUUGCAAAUUGUGCAGGGCGAGGGAUUUAAGCACCUAUUAAAAGUACUGUGUCCCAUCUACGAGCCACCAAGUGCGGCGGAACUGGAGGCCAUUAUCAACAGGGAAUCAGAAAUGCGCAGGUCCAAGCUACGCCAGCAGUUGGCCGCCAUUCCUACACUCAGCCUUAGUUGCUCGGUGCACACGAAGGCGGAGAGUCAAAGCUGGAUGGAGCUGGUUGCCCACUUUCACGAGGGACGGCAACGAAUUUCCCGAACUCUUUCUGUGAUGCGCGUUCCCGAUCUUUUCACCUCCAACGAAAUAGUGGAACGCAUGGAGCAAGUGUGUCAGCGCUUUGACAUACCAAAGUCAAAGAUCUGCUGCGUAACGACAAGGAGCAGUCAACUGCUGGAGGACGCGGUGGCCACGUUCUUGGGCGCUUCUCAUCAUGUUCCUUGCUUCGCUGACCAUUUGAAUUCUCUUUUAGAGGCGGUGGUUCAGCGGCCAGAGAUCUGUGAUUUGCGCGAUAGGGUGCGUCCCUAUGUGCAGUCGACCGUGGAAAUGGAUGGUCACAGCUUGCAGAUAAAUCCCCAAUUAAACUCUAUACACCGUCCCAUUAGUACGUACGAUAUGCUAGAUUUGUACCUGAAACACACUCUCGUUCAAGAUCCGCUUCUGCUUUCGCGGGCGGAGGUAGAUUUGUGUCAGCAAUUGCUGGACGUGCUUAGACCGUUGACCAGUUCCAUGCGUGAGCUAACUCGAGCCCCGUAUCCGGCGGCCAGCACGGCCCUGCCCAUUGCCCAAACUUUGAUCAACGAACUGAAGCAGGAAAAGAGUGCGGAACAUAAGGUCGCCAGGGAACUACGCUUGUUCAUUGUUCAGCAGCUGGAGGAGAACUUCGAAAGCAUGGAGCGCAAUUUGCACCUGGCCAUGGCAAGUCUGCUGGACCCACGAUUUCGGAAUAUACCCUUCCAGAGUGGCGCCCUGGUGGCCCAAUACAUGACUCAACUGUAUGACAUGAUGCAGGCGUAUCUGGACAGCGGGGAGUCAGCUGCUGUUAAGGAUCCGGAGGACCGUGACCACUACGAUAUCUGGGCGGCCUUUAAAUCAUUUUCGCAUGAGAAGCAAAGACUUGUCAACGGGAGCAGCGGUGCGGAUGCGGACGAUGAGAUAUCCAGAUACUUUUGUGCCGGCAUGAGCACCCUGCGAGCGGAUCCCUUUGAGAUUUGGGAGGAACUAGCAAAAGCUCAUCCCUUCCUGCACAGCGAAGCACAAAGGUACCUACACAUUCCGGCAACCGCUGAGCCGGCGGAUCGACUCUUCACGGCCGACGGAGCGGCGGUAACGGCCCAGUACGCCGCACUGAUCGAAAACAACAUGGAAAACGUGCUGUUCAUGGCGGAUGUUCCAACGAAGGAGUGGCAGUUAUAGCAUUGACAAUGGGCUAGUCAAUGACACCAAAGUUGAGCACAGUGUUCUUUGUUCUUUUAUUAAUUAGAAUUAGAUUCGUUAUUAAAAUCAGUUUACAUUUAA